AUGACACCAAUUGAAUGCUAUGUUGAUGAUCUUGUUGUCAAGACGAAGGAGAAGGAAAACCAUGUGGAAGAUUUGAGAAGAAUCUUCGAACGUUUGAGGAGAUACAAACUCAAGAUGAACCCACUAAAAUAUGCAUUUGGAGUUUCCUUAGGAAAGUUUCUAGGGUUUGUGGUUCGAAACAAAGGGAUUGAAAUUGACCCUACUAAGAUUAAAGCCAUUGCUGAAAUGCCUCCUCCGCGAAAUUUAAGGAAAUUGAAGGGGCUACAUGGGAGGUUGGCUUAUAUCAGAAGAUUUAUUUCGAACUUGGCUGGUCGAUGCCUGGCAUUCUCAAGAUUGAUGAAAAAGGAUGUUCCAUUUGAAUGGGAUCAGCAGUGCCAAAAUGCUUUUAAUAGUAUUAAGGAGUAUCUUUUGAAGCCUCCAGUACUCAUGAGCCCAAUAAAAGGGAAACCACUCUUGUUAAGUCAAUUACUCUCCUAUCGAAAGACAUGUCUUGCCUUGGUGUUCGCCUUGCAAAAACUAAAGCACUAUGUCUUGGAACAUGACGUCAAGUUGAUAUCAAGGGCAGACCCCUUGAAAUAUAUACUUUCACGGCCCAUACUUUCAGGGAAAAUUGCAAAGUGGGCUGUAAUUCUCCAACAAUUCGCAAUUGAAUAUGUUCCCCAAAGAGCUGUAAAGGGGCAGGCUCUAGCAGAUUUUUUGGCAGCACAUCCUAUACCUGAUGACUCACCUCUAGUAACUAAUUUACCAGAUGAAGAAAUUAUGCAAGUAGAAAUUCAGAAAGGAUGUGAGAUGUAUUUUGAUGGAGCUUCAAGGAGUCCAGAUGGCAAGAAGCAAGAAAAUUCUAAAAACAAUAAAGCUGGAAUUGGAAUUGUGUUUGUGACUUCAGACAAUGCUAUAAUCACCCAUUCUUGCGCCUUAAGUGAAGGAUGCUCCAAUAAUGAGGCAGAAUAUGAAGCUGUAAUUGCUGGAUUAGAAUUGGCAUUACAAAUUUCUAUUGAAGAACUCUCAAUUUAUGGAGAUUCGGAACUGGUGGUAAAGAAAACACAUAUUUUCCACGUGAAGAGAAGAACAAAUACUCGAGCUGAUUCACUUGCAAGUUUGGCUGCAUCACUCACCCUACCAGAUAACAAAACAAUUACUAUCACGGUAGGUGAAAGAAGGGUGUUACAACCUUUAAAAGAAGUUUCUGACUUGGUUCCAAUCUUGGUCGUCACCACGAAAGGAGAAAACGAGGAGGAUUGGCGGGAACCAUUCAUUGCUUACCUCCAACAUGGUAGGCUACUUGACGAUAAAGUAAAAAGAAUUGAAGUGAGACACAGGGCUACCAAAUUCGUCUUGUGGAAAGAUGGAACGUUAUACAAAAGGUCUUUGGAUGGAAUGUACAUGCGAUAUAUAGCCAAGAAGUGUAUUCAAGAGGUAAUGGUAGAAAUACAUGCAGGUGUAAGUGGGGCACACCAAAGUGGUCCUAAAUUACAUAUGCAGCUAAAACGGUUGGGAUACUAUUGGCCGACUAUGUUUGCAGAUUGCAUAGAUUAUGCUCGAUGCCAAUUCCAUGGGAACUUUCUCCACCAACCCCCAGAUCCUUUACAUUUAACAACUUGUUCUUGGCCAUUUGCAGCAUGGGGUAUGGACAUUAUUGGUCCUUUUGUACCUCCAUCUUCAGCAGGAUAUCGAUACAUCCUAGCUGCAACUGACUAUUUCUCCAAAUGGGCAGAGGCCGUGGCUUUAAAGGAUAUAAAAAGCACAGUUGUCUCUGAGUUCAUCUGA